GAGAUGGUGGUGGUCCAGCAGCAGCAGGGGUGACCCAAUUUUGAGCAGGGAUUCUUAAUUUACUUUGCUCGUAACCGGGGCAUUCUAAAUGAAUGCAUCAGUUGGAUGCCCACUCCCCAUGGACCAUUACAAGUCAACGAUACUGACUAUAUUUCCAAGUGGUAUUGCCGGUGGCAUCGAGAUCUGCAUUACGUUCCCUACGGAGUAUGUGAAGACUCAGCUACAGCUGGAUGAGAAAGCUAACCCGCCCCGGUACAAAGGCAUUGCGGACUGCGUGAAGCAGACUGUCCAGGGCCAUGGAGUGAAGGGGCUCUAUCGAGGCCUCAGCUCACUGGUGUAUGGCUCCAUCCCAAAGGCUGCCGUGAGGUUCGGCACGUUCGAGUUUCUCAGCAACCACAUGAGAGAUGAGAAGGGCAACCUGAACAGCAAGCGCGGGCUGCUGUGUGGCCUGGGAGCCGGGGUGGCCGAGGCCGUGGUGGUGGUAUGUCCCAUGGAGACCAUAAAGGUGAAGUUUAUCCAUGACCAGUGCUCCCCAAAACCGAAGUACCGCGGCUUCUUCCACGGCGUGCGGGAGAUCAUCCGCGAGCAGGGUCUGAAGGGAACCUACCAGGGUUUAACUGCUACUGUCCUCAAACAAGGAUCAAACCAGGCCAUUCGCUUCUUCGUCAUGACGGCGCUCAGGAACUGGUACAAAGGGGAUGAUCCCAACAAGGUCAUAAACCCCCUCAUCACCGGGAUAUUUGGGGCCAUUGCUGGAGCAGCUAGUGUCUUCGGCAACACCCCCCUGGAUGUGGUGAAAACCAGAAUGCAGGGGCUUGAAGCGCACAAGUACAAGAGCACCUGGGACUGCGCCUUCCAGAUCAUGAAAUAUGAAGGGCCCAUCGCGUUUUACAAGGGCACUGUGCCUCGUCUGGGCCGGGUCUGUCUGGAUGUGGCCAUCGUCUUUGUCAUCUACGACGAAGUGGUCAAGGUCCUCAACAAGGUUUGGAAAACCGAUUGAGCCUGCCCACAGCCCAGGGCAGCAGCACCGUCUCCUCCACCACCACGAGGCAACAGCUGGAGGAAGAUGACCCACCCGGGAGGAAUCAUAUGGACAUUUCACCAGGAGCGGUGCCAAAGUUCAAGUCCCCCGCUUGUGUGAAAGCAGGGAGCUAGCCCUGUGCCCAGCCAGUCAGGCCCAUAUCAAACCCUGACCACCUUUAUUUAUAGGAACGAACUGUGGAGUAGUUUAAAUUAUUGAUCAUGUGCUAAAAUGAUGGUGGGGGGAGGGGAAUCUAUCUGCAAACUUUGCAAAGGCCGGCUCUGCCAGCCUGGGGGCGGAGGGGGUGGGGGAAUAGGUCAGUGCCCAAAAGUGAGAAGAGAGGCCAGGAUUCUCCAGCCAGAUUAGAAUUCAGUCCACAUUUCCUUUUGCCUUUGAGAAAACGGAGCCAAGCUAGCCAAGGUUUCCACUGAGCUCACUGCCAUCUCCCACCUCUCCCAGCAGGAGUCGCUGGCUGCAGGGGAGCGAUUGCAUGUCCCUGGCUAUGGGGAGCUCGCUGCUACUCCAGUCCCAUCCUAUACCUGUAGGAGGUGCUCUAGGGAAUGGCUGUGAGCUGCUCAUGGCUAGUCCAGACCCAGUCUCGAGAAGCAGGGGUUGCUAGCAGGGAUGGUGUGGGACCCCUGGCUGUGGGGGAGCUCCAGCAGCCUGUACCAGAUCUGCCAAGUGCCUCAGUCACAGCAUUUUCCAGUGGGAGUCACUAGGGCCAAAGAGGAUUGUUCGUGAAGUGAGCUGUGUGACACACACUGGCCCUUUAGCCUCUAGUUUAAGCCAGAAAGCCGAGCGGAGGCCCCUUGGGGCAGGCAAUGUUCCUGCCUCCUUGAGUCAGAUAGCAUGAUCCAGACACACGCCUUCCUGUGGGAGCUUUGCCUGCCCAGCCAGCUCCACUGGAGGAGAGAGGAAAUCCACCCUGUACCCCCUCCUGGGAGCACUAAGGGGCUUUGCUAUGGAAUCUGCAAGGAACCCAGUGCCCAGAACAUGUCCUCUACCAUCCCAGCCACUCACACAGGCUCCUGGCGAUGCGGUAGAGACCCUGCACUGCACGGUGGUGCCUACAUUUUCCUUUUCCUCGCUGAGGAAACUCAUUCCCAGGGCAUGAAAUUCCAGCCUAGAGUGACCAGGUUCCUCACUCCUCUGACAGAGGCACCUUGUUUACAUGUGAGAGGAGAGUGAGAAAGGUGAAGUGCUCGCCUGCCACUUGACCUCCUCUGAUUAAACUGCCUCCUUCCACUCUGCCUCACCACCCCCACCCCCUCUGCUCGUACUCCAGUGCUGAGAGCCAGGCAAGUACCUAGCUAGACUAAAUGAACUUCACAUGUCGUUAACACUCGUACUGUAUCCCCUAGGGGACAGUGACCCUGUCCUUGCCCAGUGCCAAGAGCUCAUAAUGGUUCCAGUGCAGAUCUGUGCCAAAAUCGUGUGUCUGUCUACAACAGUUAUGCAGGGGUUUGUCUGUGUACUGUCAGUGACAAAUGCAGCCUUAACACUAUCGGAUGCGCAGGCUAAGAAGGAAAGCACAGGAAAGAGUCACUUUCCGGCUCUCUGCUCACAAGCCAUUGAGUUUUUUUUGUAUUUGCAACUUGAAUAAAAUAAGGGCCUCGCUUUAGAACACACUUCGGAAUGAAACCAGGAUCUGUAAAGCCAGCAAUCAACUCUUACGUGGGUGUGUGCGCCAACGCGCGUGUGCUCACACCCUGAUGCGUAUAAUAUUGCAUUUACAAUCGUUCUACAGUAACAGUCCCUGGCAGCCCACAGCGAUCUCACUGUAGCAUCUGCAGCCCCGAUUGUACCAGGCUGACUAGGCAGUGGUUACCACGCUUGCAGCCGAGGCAGAUGCUUAGUUUUCGUUCCUGCUAAUAUUUUAGAGUCCAAGGGUUUCUUUUCAAGCUGACUUGAGUAAAAUGUGUUAGUGUUGCGCUUGCAGCUGCAUGCUGGAGUGACUCUUGCCAUUUUCAAGGCCAAAUGGGGGCGGUCGGGCGAGCACCCCGACAAUAAACCAAAGUUGCCUGUUAACAAAGUCUCCAUUGCUCUGUGUGGGUCAAAGGCAGCCCUGGGUCUGUUGCAAUUUAAGCCUUUUGCUCGCAUCCCUUCAGCCACUGAGGGUCCCCCACCCUUGCGUUCUGGAUGAGCAAAGAGAUCCAGGAGGGGGCCCCAGGCCUCAAAUCACUGGUGAAUGCAUUUUGCCAAUGCAGCUAGCUACACUGCAGCGACACGGGAAUGAUGCUGUGUUCUGUUACACUGGCUGCAGAUCAUUUGACACAUUAGCCCAUGUAUGCUGCAGUCUGCUUUACCAAGUAUCUCCCCUCCUAAUUCCAGGGUACUUACCCUGGGAUUGCAGUGGUAGCCAUUAGGGUCUGAAAAGGCUGGGAACUCUUUCUCCCCCCCACCCCCCUUUUGUGUUUACCAUCCAAUUCAGUCCAUUGCCUCAGCACUGUGCUGAUAAGGGAAUGAGAUUUGAUGUCCUGUCUGGUCCCUGACUCUUCUCAAUCUGCUGCGGAAGCAUCCAAGAAUGAGAUUCUGAAUGACUAAAAACUAAACUGGACUGUUUCUUGGGCUCACGAGAAACGUCCAAGGUGCUGAUCCUGUAAAAUCCUUGCUCAGGUGAGUAGAUCCCGUGACUAUGGUGCUGCUACUGAGGGGAUCUGAAAGCCAAGUUGGGUUCUUCAUGCCUCCUGACUUCACUGAUAGGAGCAAAGAUUGUGCCCUAAAUCCAAUACAAUGAAAAUCAGAGCGUGGGGGUGAGUGCUGACUGGAAGAGGAGGACAUUUGGGAAAGGCCCUUCUUACUGGAGACUAGUUAGGGUCUUCUCCCGCAGGACCAAUGAAUUAUUUCCUGUGUUGCUUCUUUGGCUUCUUCAGGCCUCAGAGGAACUGCUGCCUUUGGGCUAGAAAGAGACACUACCAAACAGCUGCCUAGUGCAGGGCUGAGAACUGCUGCCGCCGGGAUCCCCUUGGGAGGGGGAGCCACUGUUUCUUUAGUCACAUGCUGUAGGGCAGACUGUCUACCUGGAGUGACAUUUUAUGGGUGCGGGCCAUUGCCUGACACCCAUCCCUUGGGGUAGGUGCCAGAGCCAGGAGAAAGCUCAGCAUAGGAGUGUGUGCACUGUGUUGUCUCUUUGCCUCUGCCUUGGCAGAGUCUGUGCUCUGCUCUCCGCAAGGCUGUCUCUUCUACACGUGUUGUCAGCCCCUGCUGCUUUCUCAGGUUUUACUGCAUUCAGAGAUUAUGUAAUAAACUGAAACCUGCUGCAAGCUG